ACAGUACUCCUUGUACUAAUAUAAGUAUUAUGUUGAAGGUUGACUCAGUCUAUCUCAAAGUUGACUCCGCAGGUCCGCCUUCAAAAGUCUCUUUUUUGUAAAUACGUAAGUACCCCAUGGAAACAUAAUCUGGCCUUCAAAUGUUUCAAAUGUCUUCUUAAGAAUAUGACACGAAACUUUCAAUCGUGUGGCAAAAUUUGCCUUAUAAAACGUGGUACUUGAUUGAAUUUGCCAGUUCAGACAAAACCAUGUUACCUUUCCACAUCUCGGUUUUCCUUGUGCUCUUGCUUGGAUCAGAGAUUGGAGCACUCAGGAGUCAACUUCAAGUUGAUUUCUUGGAUCUUUUAAUCCAUUCUUUCCCAAAGAUGGAUGUGUAUAUUCAUACUACAAGUACCGUUCGACAAGAAUUACUCCGUUCCAAGGAUUUGACCAUAACGUCUGAUCCAGAUUUCUACAACGAAAGCCAAGUCCAAAUCCGAAGGGGCGUUUUUAUUUUUGAUUGCAACGCUCCAGAAGAUAUAUUUACACUUUUCAAUCAGAGCCGACCAAUGUUCCAAUUCAAACAUAACAUCUUCAUUGUAUUUGUUCAAUUUAAACCCCCGGAGAAUGUCACCAGAGUUGACCGAUUAGCAAUUAAACGUAAUCUUUUGAUUAUUCAUCAGGAACAAGAAUAUUUGCAACUGCACACAAUCUUUCAAUACAAUAAGGAUUCUCCACGACCUACCCUGACUCUUUUGGGUCUUUGGAAACGAGGUUCAGAGCUACCAUCUAAUGGCGAGCUUUUCCCGGAGAAGUACUCAAAUUUUCAAGGUCAAAACUUCACCAUUUGUACCAAAUUGGAAACCAGGGUCGGUCCAGUGGUGGUCAAACGUAACGAAAAAGACGAGGAGGAGUAUUCUGGGACUUACCACGCUAUUUUGGAAAUGCAUGCUCGCAAACACAAUUUUAACCUCAACUACGUCCUUAAGCCGUACAAUACCUCUGAAGAAAUGAUGUUGGACGUCGAGAAUGGGGUGGGCCACAUGUCCAUCAUAAUGGGCAGAACAAUAGCCCGGAACGCAAGAUUCGACUUCGGUUAUGGGCCUCUCUUCGCAUUUACCGGGACGACCUUUUACACGCAAAUUCCCACUCUCAAGGCCUCUUUCUUUGGGCCCGUUGGCCCUUUGAGUUUGCGGGUUUGGAUAGCGAUUCUGGGUUCCCUGGCAGCCUUCAUAUUGACCUAUGUGAUUCUAAUUGAUGAGAACGCUUCAGAUAUGCUUUGGAGUGGGAUCAAACUCUUGGCCAUUCUUGUGGGGAAAGGAUCCUUCCAAUCACCUCAAAAUCCGAGGGGCCUAGUAUUAGCCUGGAUAUGGACGAUAUUUUGCUUACUCAUUGGCUUGAUUUACACCUCAGUGCUCAUCACAUACUUGACCAUGCCCAGGUUUUCUUACGUACCUGACACUUGGGAGGAGUUACUGGAGUCCGAUUAUACCAUCGUCUUCACCCAAGGCAGCAAAUUUCAAGAAGCUUUUGAGUCUAGUGACGAAAACUCUAUUUUUGGCCAAGUAUACAAGAGAGUCCAAGCUCAACAGGAGGACACAAACUUUGAUCUUGGAUAUGGCUCUGUUCUUACAACUGCCAAAAGAAUAUUCCUGCUCCCGAAAAACGAAAAGGCCCUGAUUUGGCAUACACCAACGGCCGUUCAAGAUUGGUUUACCCUACCUAACGGCAAGCAAUUGUUCCACAUCAGUAAAGAUGUCAAAGAUCUCAAUAACAAUGGCCACUUGAUGAGGAAGAACUCUCCUUACACCGACAUCAUUGCCCAAUUUGAUUUGGAGAUGAACAAUAUGGGAAUGGCACACUACUUUCGGGCCAUUUAUUCCUAUGGGCGAACCCGACCUAUCGCUGAAGAAGAUUUGGAACCUUUGAACCAGGUCACAUUUGGAUUAAAGCCUUUGCUUUUGGAACACUUUUAUGGACCAUUGGUGGCUUGGGGCAUGGGAUUAUUUCUAGCGUUUAUUUCCUUCUUGUAUGAAAUCGUGUCAAAGCGUUGCAUGACGUAG